UUUCCUUAACCCACAAUGAUUAACGCAUUCAAAGUUGUUAGAUUUCAGACUUCAUUUCUUCCAUUGUCAUCUUCAUUUCCUUCUUCUUAUUCUUCAGCUAUAAAUAGUAGUUGCAGGAGAACGAUAAGUUAUAGCAGUGCAAGAUUUCAACAAGCAAACACAGAGUCUAUUGAUCCUGAUAAUAGCAGCAGCGGAAGCAACAUGGAGCAGCAACAACAGCCUCGUAAAGUACCUCAAGUUGAUAACCCAAAUGAGAAAAUAACUGGAGAUGUUAUGUCGCAUUCAUUUGGAGAAGGGUACUCGACAAGGUCUGAUGAAGAAGGUUUUGGUGGUAUUUAUGGUGCUAAUCAAGCCUUCCCUGAUAAGGACGUCGUUCAUGAGCAUCACCCAUCUCAUGCUGCGUAUGAUAAGACCCAAGGAAGCGAAGUGAGUGAGAAAGAGAAAGCUCGGAACCAGGCAAACGUUCAGUAGUUUAUUAUUAGUCUUAGGUACUGCCCACGGCGAGUCGUCCGGAGAGGUGUUUGCAUUUUGCUAGUACGUACGUAGUAACUACUAGUUUUUAAUUGUUGUUGUAUUAAUAGUCGUAGUAGUACUAUUUUCUUCUGUUUCCAACCAGAGGGGGUUGCAUUGUGGUCUUUAUGGAACUUUAAAUUUGUAUUUUCCAUCUCUGAUUCCAUGAGCAGAAUCCUGAGAAGAGCAGUUGUAUUAAAUGAAGGUUGUCGAAUUUUAGUAAUUGUAAAAUAAGGUCCUCUUGGAGAGUUUUUUAGGUACUCUCUACCUGUAUUAACUUCUGUUUGUAGCUUGUUGUACUUCAAUUUUGUUCAAUUUAAAGGCAAAUUCACUUCAGAAA